GCAGAAGAAAAAGAGAAGCUUUCGCCUGUAACUUUGGUCUUUCCAAGUUGGACAUUUUCUCUAACUUUAAUCUUCAAUUCUUUAUUACUAUUAUUCAGUCAGCAUUUCGGCUUAAAGGCUAAGUUAAUUGGCACCGAAAUUAAAAAGCUUCACUGGUCACUCUCCUCUUUCUCCACUUCUAUUUAAAGAUUCCACUAUUAGACUCUUUCUUACCUACUUGCCUUAAAUUUCUUGUUUAUUAAGGCCCCAACAAUUUUUUCUCUUUCAGUUUUAUUGGAUCCGUUAUUUGCUCAAAUUUAGGUUGAGAAAGUUUCAAUUUUGGUGGUUUUUUAGUCGGUUUUCUAGUAAUUUGCUAGAAAAAAAUAUUUGAUUUCGUUUUGUUCAUUCAAGUUUGAGCUUUGGGGUUCUCACUUCUGAUGAUUUAUUUCAACUUAAGUAAUAAGAUUUUAACAUUUAAUCCCUCAUUUUCCUACUCAAUUUCAUCAAAUUUUCUUAAAUCUGAUUUUUUCUUCAUAAAUUGUCUCAAUUGUUUCCGUUUUCGUUUAAAAAUUUGAUCUUUAAGCUAUUCAGUGUCGUUUCUCUUUUUGUGGUGGGCUAAAAUGGGGGAUCGUUUGAGGUCAGCAUCAAUGGAGGAUUUGCCAGUACAUUUGAUUCUUGAAAUAUUGACGUCAGGUCGAUUAGGUGCUAUUGAUUUAAUAUGUUUGGAGCUAACUUCAAGGACUUUUAGUGGAACCCACAGUUUGGUUCCUCAAAAGUUUAAGUCUUUGGUUGAUUAUGCUGUGUUUCAGCUUUGUUGGAAUCAUCCUUUUUAUGCCUCUCUGCAUUGUGAUGCUCAGAAAGAGCUGCUCGGACGCUGUAAUGACAAUUGGAAGCGCCUUUUGAGGUUCUUGCAAGGGUUGGAACAGUCCUCUGAUACGGUUGUAACCUCUGCAGGCAAUAUGCAAAUUAGGAGUGGCAGGUAUCACACAUUGCUAAUCAAAGGAUCAAAAGUAUACUCUUGUGGUUCCAGUUUAUCCGGCGUCCUCGGUCAUGGGCCUGAAACAACUCAGUGUGUGGAAUUUACUCGAAUUAGCUUUCCUCUUCCCGUACAAGUCGCCCAAGUUUCAGCUUCUCAUAAUCAUGCUGCUUUUGUCACAGGGUCUGGACAGGUGUUCACAUGUGGAGACAACUCUGCAUACUGUUGUGGGCAUAUAGACACCGGACGCCCAAUCUUCAGGCCUAGGAUGGUUGAAGCAUUGAAAAACAUUCGUUGCAAGCAGGUUGCUGUAGGUCUCAGUUUUACUAUGUUUCUCACAAGGCAAGGUCAUGUUUACACAUGUGGAACAAAUUCACUUGGUCAACUUGGUCAUGGUGACACAAUGGAUAGGCCAACACCGACAUGUGUAGAACUACUGGCAUCUAUCGGUUCUGUAGUUCAGGUUGCUGCUGGUCCUAGUUAUGCACUUGCAGUUUGUGAUGAUGGGACACUCUACUCUUUUGGUUCGGGUACUAAUUUCUGCCUUGGUCACGGAGAACAGCACAAUGAACUUCAGCCACGUGCAAUCCAGUCGUUUAGUAGGCAGGGCAUUUAUGUGGCUCGUGUUUCUGCUGGCGCUGAGCAUGUUGUGGCACUGGAUUCCACUGGAUAUGUGUAUACUUGGGGGAAAGGUUACUGUGGUGCAUUGGGGCAUGGAGAUGAGAUUGAUAAGACAACUCCAUCACUGUUGACCAGCCUUAAGAGCCAAUUAGCUGUUCAGGUUUGUGCAAGUAAGAGGAAAACUUUUGUCCUGGUGGAGGACGGUUCUGUUUAUGGCUUUGGUUGGAUGGGUUUUGGUAGCCUCGGGUUCCUUGAUAGAGGAGCAUCAGAUAAAGUUUUGAGGCCCCGGAUCCUCGAGAGUUUGAGAUCUCACCACAUAUCUCAAAUUAGCACUGGCUUAUACCACACUGUUGUUGUCACAAAUCGUGGACAGGUUUUUGGAUUUGGAGACAAUGAAAGAGCCCAACUCGGGCAUGAUGCACUUAGGGGAUGCCUUAAACCUACUGAAAUCUUUAUGGAAAAAUCGUGAAUGAAGCUGAAGCAUAAGAAUAAUUGCUGGUCUUUUAUUUAUUUCUUGUUUAGUGCUUGAUAUUGUGUAAGGUUCUGGAACUCAUUUAUUAUGGUGAAGCGAGCUUGCUUUUGCACAAAAACAAAAUUUUCUUCUACGAGGAGUUUUCAG